CAUCAAACAUUAUUUAUUUUCUCUAAAGAAAAUGAGUUCGUCGAACCAGAAUAACUCAUCCGAGAAUAACCCUAACCCUCAAAUAAAAGGAAAAGGCCCCCAGAAAAGGCGAGCUGGGCUUUUCAAAAAGGCCAGCGAACUCAGCACCCUAUGUGGUGCCGAGAGUGUAGUGGUUGUUUUCUCCCCAAGAGAAAAACCACACUCAUAUGGAAACCCCAGUGUCAAAACGGUUGUUGACUGGUUUUUCAACCCUAAUCGUAACCCGAAUUCGAGAAACGAAGCCCACCAACUACAAAGAGCGGCUCAAGGUGAUGCUAUCAUGCACCAUCGUAAUCAGGAGGUCGGUAGCUGGGAGGCGCAACUAAAACAAGAAAAGGAACGGAGGAAAGCGAACGAAAACUUGAGUACGGCUCCCCAAUGCCAUAGAUGGUGCCCGACAAAUAUCGAUGACCUAAAUUAUCAACAAUUGGACGAAUUGAAGAGGUCCAUCAUGAAAUUCAAACAAAGUUUUGAAUUUUAUGGCAAUAAUGAACCAUUAAUGGUUCAAGGAGGAUCUUCGAAUAUUCCAUCUACUCAAUUUUAUGGAGGAAUUGGUACCUCAAAUCCAAGGGUAAAUGCCUCAUCUAGUGUAUUUUUUUUCACAGUUACGCUCCAUUUUAUACGAAAAAAAUAUUGAUAAUAACUUGAGAUUCACAUUUCCGUACAAUUAUGGGAGUCUUAGUAAGAUUGUGGGGCCCGAUGUAAGGGGUGGAAGCUCUAGUGUGAAUGCCGAGGGAACUGCAGUCCAAUAAUGUUCAGAACAUGUCCCAAGGAUUCGGCGAAAACUAUGGUCAUGGCCGAGACUAUUUUCCUAAAAAUGCAGUACAAUAACGUUCGAAAUUUGUUUUCCGAAAACUAUGUGUUUCUUUUUUAACUAUUGAUUUCAUGUAUAAAAUUACAUUUAGCAUUAGAAAUUGUAAGUUAUAAUAUACAAAUAAAAUUUUAAUGUAUAGUAAAUAAGGUAACUUAUGAGGAUGUAUAGAACAUCUUAUGAGUGAAAUAAAAAUGUAUACAACGAUGAACUUAUUUACCAUUUCACAUUUUAGAAAUUAUUGUUCAAAAAUUUCUACAUUUCACAAACUAUAAAUAGCUAGCUGAAGAGAAGGGGUAAUUUGCUCUGAUGAACUUUGGU